GCAUAUUUAAUUGUGUGUGUAAGUGAAAAAGCAACAUCUGCAGGUUAUUUAAAAAAAGAAAGUCUCUUGAACGAUUCUAGGCAUCACUUCAGCGAACAGUCAGCUACCGCGGACACACACACACACCACACAAUUUACCAAAUUCAUUUUAGUGAAUAAAACCAAGCCAAAGCCAAACAAUGACAGUGCACGAGUUUAAGGUGGAAAUGACCUGCGGCGGUUGUGCCAGUGCCGUGGAGAGAGUUCUGGCCAAAUUAGGCGAUAAGGUCGAGAAAGUCAACAUCAAUCUGGAUGAAAAGACAGUGAGUGUCACUUCGAAUCUAUCAUCGGAUGAGCUAUUGGAACAGCUCCGCAAGACCGGCAAGUCGACAUCUUAUAUUGGGGUAAAGAAAUGAGAUGAGUUUUUCAGCAAGUUUCAGAAAUACGGCAAACUGAAACUUGAAGUCUAAGGAAAACACCAAAAACAUUUGUCGUCGAUCGAUGUCAUUCUCCUCGUUGGAUCAUAUAUUAAAAAAAAAAAACAAAAAAAAAAAAUGAAAUUGCUUCUUCAGUGAUAUAUACAUCUAUAUUUAUAUAUAUAUACAAGGUAUAUAUGUAUAUAUAUAUAUACAAUUUUUUGAAAGUAAUUAAUCUAAAUGAGAAACUAAUUCUUAUCUACAAAUAUAUUUGCCUUAGUAUUUUGCUCUUGCCCAGAAAUUUUAAGUAGUUUGUAGUAGUUUAAAACUAUUUCCGUAAAAAUGAAAAAAAAAAAACAACAAGAAAUAUUUAAUCAUCAAAUUGAAUUUAACAAAAUGUCAAUCGAAAUAGUAGAAAGAGAUUUUUCAAUAUAGUAGAUUUUUCUUCCUCUUUUUUCUGGCCCUUUUCUCUUUUUUUUAUCUUCUUACAUUGUUCUGCCCAAAAUCGUCCAUAUUUCCAAUGUAGUUCAGAUAGUGUGGAUGGAAUAGAAACCAAUAUAUGCCAAUUACCUUCUUAUGAUUAAACAUAAUAAUUACAUAAAUAAAUAUUACAAAUUUUAACAUUUUGCAAUAUUAAAUAUACAAAAUAUACCAUUUAAUCUAAAUAGAUAAAAA